AUGUCGCUCAUUCAAGAAAAUGCCUGCGGCGUCAACUCUCAGCUCGAUCGGCUCCAGCAACACCUGACGUGCGUCGCCAUUAUUGAUGAUCCCUCUAGUCAGCAGAUCGCACAUCUGCAGAGCCUGAUCCACUCCCUCUCCGUCACCUCCAAAACACAGCCCCUUCUCUCCGCGAACCAGCUGGCGGAUUUGAUCUCUGGAGCGGCCGUGUCUAGCCUGCGAGCAGAAUCCGCCACGGAGACCGUCGCCCUCCAUGUGUGGCUGGUGACCGCCAAAGCCGCCGUCCAGGCGUCUAGUCUGGCCAUGAACGUGCUGUUGAACCAAACCCUACGACUCCACCAAGAGGUUCGCUAUUGGGAUGAAGUAUUAGAAUCACCGUGGUACAGUGGCCUUUGUACCGUGCAGACAUUGCCCCUCCGACUAUGGGAAUGGACCAAAGAGAUGUAUUCAGACCAAGAAAUUCAGGAUUGGAGAGUUCAAUCUGUGUCAACGUCAAUAGCCGCCCGAUGGACCCGAUUUUAUCAAGUGGUCCGGCAAAGUGCUCGAACACAACCGACAUUCUCCUUGAGAAUCAACCGCCUGACCCCGAUCAGGGAAUGCAGGGCACAAAUACAGCAGAAGAGGGACCUUCUCAUGUCCAUCAGGGAUAUCCAUACCAGCAGCCUGGGCCUUAUGAUGGAAGGAUGGCGCUUUCUGGAGCUGAACCAGAUGUCCGCCAGUCAGGACCCCGACGAUGGGUCGCUCCAGUCGUGGUGUGAUGCCGUCGGUCGAGGUCUCCACGACGCUCGACCAGGAGAGUCACAGCGCGCGGUUGCAAUGGCAGCAGGGGGGUUCCCGAUGCAGAAACCCCUACAUCUCAUUGAGCGCCUGGUGCAUGUUCUGCGAACACAGCUCCCGGCACAUCGGGCAUCGGUGUCGACGUUUAUCGGUCUCCAUGGACGCCCAUCGCUCCUGGUCCGGUAUUGGCUCCCGGUCUCUGUGGCAAUCUUGUCGAGUGGUGCGUCGGUGCGAUUCCUGGCCAGCCACCGGGACCAAAUUCUCCACUGGAUCAUUGACAUUGGCGCCACCAUGGUUGAUUUUGGCAGUAAUUGGGUGGUGGGUCCCAUUCGAAAGCUCAUUGGAACCAUCCGACAUGAUGAGAAAAGCGAGAUCGCCAUAAUGAGCAAGAACAGUCUGGUGGCUGACCGGGCCAGCCUGGAGAGAAUGGUGGUGGACUUUGUUCUCGACCGCCCUGAUCUCAACUCAGGCACGCCGGCCACGGAGGACACCACCGCGAUCGUCAAUGCCGUGAAGGAGGGUGAUCUGACACCCGUGCUGCGGGCCUACGAGCGAGAUUUACGAUCCCCGUUCGUAGGGACCAUCAAGGGCGACCUCGUACGCGCACUCUUGAUCCAGAUCCAAAAAACCAAGGUCGACGUAGAGAUUGCAAUCAGCGGCAUUGACUCUCUCCUGAAGAGCCAAGAACUGGUCUUUGGCUUUGUAGGACUCACUCCCGGGAUUUUGGUGUCCUAUGCUACACUCCAGUGGCUGGCUGGCGUUCUCGGCAGCCGACGCGGCCUGCGGCAAGGCAAGAGACAGGAUGAGUUGCGGCGUGGGUUACGGAACAUCACUCGGAUCUUGGCUCCCUCCUCUCAGGGCAUUCUUUCCCACAAAGACGCCGGGCGACUCAUGUGCGAGGCCGAGUCGCUGCUCCAGGCGGCCGAGUCGGUCCUGGGCGGCCGGCAAUAUCACGAGCUGCGGCAGGAUGUGCAGGACCUUCUGGAUGUGAGCGGCGGGGUCGAGCAGCAGAUGCGGGUGAUAGAGCGGAUGCGGUGGACGUAUUCCUCGACCUCAUAA